UGCAUUGGUGAGGAAAGGGACUGGUGCUAUAUCAGACGACCAAGCGUGCUAGGUAGCAUGCAGCGUGCGUCUGCUAAGUGUAUGGCAUUCUUUCUUCUCCUGAAGAAGGAGCGCAAGCAGUGCAGCAGCAGACAGCAAGGCCCUAGUCAAAGAGACCAAGUCAGCUUGUGAAGCGCCCUCUUUCCAAGCAAUGCACCUAUCAUACUGGCAGCAUGAUAUUUCUGAGCGGCUCAUGACUGAUAUUGGGGUCUCAUCAAGCUUACCAUAUUUUGUCAGGCAAAUAUCUGCUUGGGCUGCAGACAAGAAGCCCUGCAUGACAGCAGGCAUUGCUAGGCGCCCACGGGAUCCCUCAACAAAACAAGAAUCCACUUUGAGGCUCCCUGGAUUUUUGCAGGACUCCUUUUCCAUCUGCUCGUGUCAUUUUCCAUGGGACAUGAAAGCAGUCGCUGCGCAAUUGAACUAGGAUUGUUGCACAGAACCUCAUGUAGAACAGAUUGUAUGUAGAUGCUGCCCUAGCUGUUUCGGUUCUCAACAGGGAAGUACACUAUCUAUGGUGGUCUGCGGCACUGACUUGUACUCUAGGAGAUGUCAGGGCGGUUAUAAAGAUAACAUUUGCAGCAGGACACUGCUUGGUGCGAACAGACCAUAGCUGUGUAAUAUUCCAUCCUUGCAACCAUACAUCAUUAUGUAUGGAAGGGUGCAUGAAUGUGAUGCGCCUCUUGUAUAUUUGUAAGGCUCUCUAAAGUCGC